AUGUUGAAGAGGAGGAGAAGAAUGCAGCAAGAGACAACAGCUUGGGAGGAGGAUGAGGAAGAUGAGGAGGAAGAGGAGAAGAAGGAGGAGGAGGAGGAGGAGGACGAAGGGGACAUGCCGGUGGUGGCGGAAUUCAUUGAUGAGCGUCCAGAUGAAGUGAAGCUCAUGGAGGAGUUCCGGACAAAUACUAAAUGGCGACUUUUAGGAGACCAGAAUGAAGACUCGCAAAGCUCGGAUAUUUCGGUACCGGCCAAAUCUACCGCGAGGCGACAGCGCCACGACUCCCCGGACAACUCGCCGCCAAGGAGGCUGCGGCACGACUCCCCGGAGAAAUCGCCUCCCGGGCAACAGCGCCACGACUCCCCGGAUCUGUCCCCUCCCAGGCGAGAGAGAAACGAUUCCCCCAAGCUCUUGCCUCCCAGGCGACAGCGUCACGACUCCCUGGACCUCUCGCCGCCAAGAAGGAAGCGCCACGACUCCCCAGACCUGUCCCCUCCCAGGCGACAGCGUCACGACUCCCCGGACCUCUCGCCACCAAGAAGGAAGCACAGCGGCUCCCCGGCCCUCUCUCCCCCGAGACGGAAGCGCCACGACUCCCCGGACCUGUCGCCCCCGAGACGGAAGCGCCACGACUCCCCGGACCUGUCGCCUCCCAGGCGACAGCGCCACGACUCCCCGGACCUGUCGCCUCCAACGAGAGCCGGUUCCGCCGUGGGGAAAAAGGGCUGCAAAGCCACAGACAAGUCACAAUCGGGGGGAGUCCAAGGAGAGCAAUCUCAGCUCAGGCACGGCGUCUCUGACAAGUCCUCGUCACGUCAGAAGCGUCAGGCUACUCCAGAUCUGUCCCCUCCCCGGAAGAAGAGGUACGAUUCUGACCCAGAUUCGUCACCGCCUCGGAGAAAGAGGACUGGGUCACCUAGCCUGACAAAGCAGAGCGGAACAAAAGGUGCUUCUCCAGCCACGAAAAAGCUUAGGCGGGUGCCCUCGCCUCAGAGGUGCCUGAGGCGCGACUCUGACUCUCCAUCUCCACGGAGGGGUGCCCGGAACGCCUCUGAUGCAGACCGCAGGCUAGGCGGCGUACGCAGCGAUUCCCCGAAGCGCGGUCCUCCCAAAGAAGAUCAGAGCAAAUCUUCAGGCUCCGAUUUAUCUCCCCCGCGACGGACUCUGCCGGCCGGGAAGGAUCAGCACAGUUCAAGGGGUCCCCCUGACCUCUCGCCUCAUCGCCACCGUGACGCUAAGGGGUCUCCCAAGAAGGCAGAUGUGAUGUUAUCUGGGGUCAAAGCUGGCUUGGUGUCAGCCGAUGUGCUGCGGAGGGAACAGCAGGAGCUCAGGAGGCACGAGAGAAAUCACAAGCGCUUGGAAGAGGAAUCACGACACUCCGAGACCGUCUUCCGUGACAAGUCAGGCCGCAAGAGGGACCUCGCGCAGGAGCGGCUGGAGCAGAGGCAGAAAGCUGAAGCGAAGUCCGAGAGAGACGAGCAGUACGCCAAAUGGGGUAAAGGGCUAGCGCAGGGGAGGCAACAGCAGCAGAACGUGGAAGAUGCAAUAAAAGAGAUGCAGAAGCCCUUGGCCCGUUACAUUGACGACCAGGAUCUGGAUCAGAUGCUGAGGGAGCAAGAGAGAGAAGGAGACCCCAUGGCUGACUUCAUCAAAAAAAGGAAGGCCAAAGAGAACAAAGAAAAGAAAGAAAAGCCUAGGUACAACGGACCAGCCCCUCCACUCAACAGAUUUAAUAUAUGGCCCGGGCAUCGCUGGGAUGGUGUGGACAGGUCCAACGGCUUCGAGCAGCAGCGCUUUGCCAGGAUAGCCAACAAGAAGGCGGUUCAGGAGCUUGCGUACAAGUGGAGCGUUGAGGACAUGUAG